UAAAUAAAAUAUACUCUUCAUGUAAAUUUCAAAUUCAUGUUCUCUUUAGUUUCUCUAUUUAAAGCAUCAUUACACAUUGGUUGUCUAUAACCAUAACCACAUUUUCAACAACAAAAAAACCUUUCAACCAUGAUUCUCCAUAUUCAUCUAUCUAUAUUAUUCUCCUACAUUGCACUCCUUCACCUCAUUUCCAUCACAUUAGCUCAAUCUGAAAACUAUAUCAUCCACAUGAACCUAUCAGCUAUGCCUAAGUCAUUCACAACCCAUCACACAUGGUACCAAUCAACUCUUUCUUCUGCAUUAGAUAAUUCACAAUUCACAACAACCAAUAAUCUCAACUCUCAAACUUCUUCUAAGUUAAUUUACACCUACACACACGUUAUGAAUGGUUUUAGUGCUAAUUUAUCACCAGAAGAACAUGAAUCCCUCAAAACUUUACCGGGUUAUAUUUCUUCGUUACCUGAUUUACCUGUGAAGCUUGACACAACAUACUCACCUCAAUUCCUUGGUCUCAAUCCAAGCAAAGGCGCUUGGCACGACUCGAACUUUGGUAACGACGUAAUUGUUGGCUUAAUCGACACCGGAGUUUGGCCAGAAAGUGAUAGUUUCAAAGACCAUGGAAUGACCAAACUUCCUUCAAAGUGGAAAGGACAAUGCGAAAACAGCAUCCAUUUCAAAAAAUCACUUUGUAACAGAAAACUCAUUGGUGCUAAAUUCUUCAACAAAGGAUUAUUAGCCAAAGAUCCAAACAUAACCUUAGGAUUAAACUCCACACGUGACACAGAAGGUCAUGGAACCCACACUUCAACAACAGCAGCUGGAAGUAGAGUUGAUGAAGCAUCAUUCUUUGGUUAUGCAGCUGGAACUGCUUCUGGAAUAGCUUCAAAUUCGCGUGUUGCAAUGUAUAAAGCUAUUUGGGAAGGUGGAAGGUUAUCAUCUGAUGUAGUAGCUGCAAUUGACGCCGCAAUAUCAGACGGUGUCGAUGUUCUUUCAUUAUCAUUUGGUGUUGAUGAUGUACCUUUGUAUGAAGAUCCUGUAGCUAUAGCAACAUUUGCAGCUAUGGAAAAAGGUGUUUUUGUUACUACUUCAGCCGGAAAUGAAGGACCUGAACAUAAAACUAUUCACAAUGGAACACCUUGGGUCAUAACUGUUGCUGCUGGAACUAUGGAUAGAGAUUUUCAAGGGACUCUUACACUUGGAAAUGGUAACACAAUCAUGGGUUUGUCUCUUUAUAUAGGAAAAUUUCCUUCUAACAAUGUUCCAAUUGUUUUCAUGGGUUUAUGUGACAAUGUUAAGGAAUUGAAAAAAGUGAAAAGCAAGAUUGUGGUGUGUGAAGACAAGAAUGGAACUAGUGCCUAUGAUCAACUCAAUAAUUUGGUUGAAGCAAAAUGUUUUGGAGCUGUUUUGAUUUCAAAUGUCUCAGAUGCAUCCCUUACACAGAACUUUGCAUCCAUCAUUAUUAAUCCAAUCAAUGGUGAAAUUGUUAAAGCAUACACCAAGAGUUAUAACUCUAACUCUAAAAACUCUAGUUCUAUAGCAAACAUGUCUUUCAAGAAAACAGUUUUUGGAACAAAACCAGCCCCUAGUGUUGAUUCUUAUAGUUCAAGAGGUCCAUCAAAAAGUUGUCCAUUUGUUUUGAAACCCGACGUUACUGCGCCCGGUACUUCAAUCCUAGCGGCAUGGCCUACAAAUGUUCUUGUUUCGCAUUUGGGGACUAAAGAAGCUUUAAGCAAUUUCAAUAUGAUAAGUGGAACAUCUAUGGCAUGUCCUCAUGUUGCGGGCGUAGCCGCACUUUUAAAAGGCGCGCAUAGUGAUUGGAGCCCCGCGGCUAUUCGGUCGGCAAUUAUGACAACAUCAGACAUACUUGACAAUACUAAGAAACAUAUUAAAGACAUUGGAAAAGGUAACAAAGUCGCAACUCCUUUCGCAUUGGGAGCUGGUCAUGUUAAUCCUAAUAGAGCACUUGAUCCUGGUCUUGUUUAUGAUGUUGGUGUUCAAGAUUAUGUUAAUCUUCUUUGUGCACUUAACUACUCGCAUAAAAACAUCACUACCAUCACAAGAUCCUCCUCUAAUGAUUGCUCAAAACCUUCUUUAGAUCUUAACUACCCUUCUUUUAUUGCUUUCUUCGAUAGUGGAAAUUCUUCUUCGAAGACAAUACAUGAAUUUCGGAGAACAGUUACCAACGUUGGUGAGGGACAAACAAUUUAUGUUGUUAGUAUUACUCCUAUUAAAGGUUUUAGUAUUAGUGUUAUCCCAAACAAGUUAGUGUUUCAUGAGAAGAAUGAAAAGUUGAGCUUCAAGUUGAGGAUUGGAGUUGAUAGAAUGACAAAAUUAAAGAAAGUGAGUUUUGGAUAUCUAAGUUGGAUGGAUGUGAAGCAUGUGGUGAGGAGUCCUAUUGUGAUCACAACCAUGAAAUGAAAUCCUAGAUUUUUAUGUUAUAUGAUUGAAGAGGUUAUUAUCAUAUGAAUCAAGUGAAAAUGUAACUUAAAUAAGAAAAUAUUUGAUAAAUAAUAUUCAUUUCUCACUUGACCAAA